UAAUAUUUGUGGAUACGCAACUUGAUAAAAUUGACAGGUUAACUAAGAAAUUUCCCAAACCAUGAGGCGCCAUGUACUUGUGUCAUUGUUGACAAAGAAAAAAGAACAGUACUGAACUAACUAGAAAAAUCCUGGUCCAGUGCACCAAAAAAGCCCUCGUGGUUGGUUUGAAUGAAUUAUGAGGCAACACUCUCUCGUUUUUCUAGUGUUGGUGAUUCCUCUUCUUGUACCAUUAGACGCUUGGCUAUUUUGGAAUGAGAAUUCUCAAUGUCCAGCAAGAAAUGGUACUUUUCCGUACUACUUUGGCACCUCAGACCUGAGAUGUAUGGUGGCACAACCAAUAGAACACAGACGAUCCGCCUCUUCUCGAUAUAUCUGGUCCUGGACUCACAGAUUUAUCCAGUACAGGGGGAAGUACUUCGACUUUCUAGGCAAUUCAGAAGUGAAGAUAUCGAGCAGUCGACUGAACGGGCAUGUCUGCAGCGGACACAUGGAGAAGGAACCUGCAGGCUACAGUCAACUGAGUCUGCACUGUGUUGAGGGAUGUGCGAAAAAUUACCCCUGUGAAUACGGGAAAUACAAAUUUGUAUGGAAUAACUGUCAUCAGUUUACCAACAGACUUUCCGAGGUACUGUGUAAGAGCGGGAAUCGGUGUCCGUUAUGGUGUUUGAGAAAUUGUACAUUAGAGGGAUAAAGUUCUGAUUGAUUGAAUUGACUUCAUGAUUUUGACAACACUAACAUAAACUUUUGUUAUAAUAUGUCGUUCAACUUCAACUGAUAUCAAUUUUUAUUACUAGAUUGGCUUUGUUUAUAUUUUUCAUUGAGCAAAAACAAUUUUGUUGAUUAUCAGAAACACAUUACCUUUGCCCUGUAAAACUACUGUAAUCAAUAGUAGUCAGGCGAAUAUCAGACUGAAACUCCACUAUUUGAACAUUUCAUAUGAAAUUUGAAUAUUACACUUGCUGAAUAUUAGGAGAAAAAAAUAACUUUUAAACUUGUAUUUUGAAAUGAAGCUUAUUGAAAAGCAAUAGUAUCCCGUAUUGUUGAGAGCAUUGUCUAUUAUCGUUUCUAUCUAUAUCAGAUGACCGGGCUUCAGUUAUAUGAAUAUUAUACAACUUCA